GACAGGGGUGGGGAGGUGUGGCAGAAAAUAAUUGGUGAGCGAUAUGAAUAUAAAUCAGAGCGUAGUGAGCGUAGACAAAGAGGCAUAAGAGAAUAACUUAAUCACUGAGCAAAAAUGAAGAAGUUGUGCGUUAUAGUUGUCGUGUUGAGUCUCGUCUCAGUGUGCCGACCUGUGCCACUGACCUGUGAGAAGCUGAUGAAGCCUGUAGACCAAGAUCCAGAUUUGACUGGGAGAUGGUACUACAUUGCUGGAUCCUCAAAAGUCUGUUGGGCUAUAGUACUGUUUAAUACUUUUCUUUGGCCAAGUAUUGCAGUGGAUAUUACCUCUACAGAAACACCGGAUGUCUACAAUUACAACGAUCAGUUGAAAAUAUAUGGACAUUGCCUCAACAACUCUCACUUAAAUUUCUAUAAAAACCACAGCAUAUUCAGUGUUGAUGGAUACUAUGCGGAAGUGCUGUUGCACACGAGUUGCCCUGACUGCAUCGUAUUAAAUGCUCACGACUACACUCUUGGUAUCCUCAGUAGAAGAAAAGCCAUCACUGAGGCUGAGCUGAAAGAGUUUGAGAUGCAGACAGAGUGUUUUGGCUGGUCCAAACCGCAGGUCCUCAACAAUGAAUUUGACUAUCAAAACUGCAAUACUCUUGAUGUCAACCCCACUGAAUGGAGCCUCGCCCUCAAGAUUUUUGAAAGAGCGUACACAAUGCGCCACAGUAUAGCCUCUUGCAUCAUAGACACGUUUCUUCCUUCUUCCUUCCAGCUGUAUAACAGACAUAAAUAGCUGUUAUUGGCUUGCUGAAUCUGUGUGUCUCCAAUAAUCUUUUGUUUGCAUUUGUCCCAAAACAUGUCUUCAGCCAUGUAAGUGGUUCUGUGAUGCUCACAAACAUGAUGGCGCUUCGAACCACUAAAUACUAAUAUUCUCAUGCUCAACCAGAUUUAGAAAUUAUGGCGCCAUUAGGUGUGCAGUAGUGCACAAUGUUCACUGGAUUGUGUUUUGGUUUUAAGUCUGUUGUUUCACGUGUUUGAGCAUCAGUAAAUAGUUUUAGGUGUUGUAACUGAAAAGCAAAUAAAAGAUUAAAGUAUG